AUGAAAAUGUUCCUUUAUGAACACGCUGCUAAUAAAGCUAGACAAGAUGAACUAAACAGAAAAUUAGAAGCUCUUACCCUUGAUUUAGCAAGCGUUAAGGAAGCCACAGCAGUGACCGGAAGCAGCACACAAGAACGUACAUCAAAGGCAAAGGGACCAGCCAUUUCCACUGGUUCUGAGACUCAAUCAGGAAAUUCCAUUUUCCCCAAAGUUACUAAAUUGGAUUUUCCUAAGUACAAUGGCCUUGAAGAUUCUAUUAGGUGGAUUAGUCGAUGUGAGCACUUCUUCCGCCAUCAACAAACACCAGAAGAAGAGAAAGUCCAGCUGGCAUCGUAUAAUUUGGUAGGAGUGGCGCAGCCUUGGUACAUGCAGUUUCUUGAUGAUGUUCCUGACCCAACAUGGGUAGAGUUCAAAGAGCAAUGCAACAUCAGAUUUGGACCUUCGAUUCGAUCCAACAAGCUGGGAGAGUUAGCCAAAUUGAAACAAACUGGUUCUGUGGCAGAUUACCAGAAUCAAUUUGAAAUCCUAGUUGCAAGGGCAGGAAGUCUCACACGAAUGCAAAAGGUUCAACUCUAUAUUAGCGGGCUGCAAGAAUACAUAGCUGUAGAGGUAGAACUGCAUCAUCCUAUAGAUUUGGCAACGGCAAUGAGCAUGUCCCGAUUGUAUGAACGAAAGCAGGCAGCUUUGAAACAGUAUGGUUCUCAUGAAAAUAAGAGAACUAGUGCACCAUCAACAUCAAAUUCAUUACCUGCUAGAACGGUGAAAAGGCUAACACGGGCUGAGAUGGAAGAACGAAGACAAAGGGGACUCUGCUUCAAUUGUGAAGAACCAUUUGUUUGUGGUCAUCAAUGCAAAAGGCUAUUUUGGCUUGAUUUAGUGGAGGAAGAUGAUGACAUGGACCUUAGCAAUGACUACCCACAUGACAUAAAGCCAGAAAUUUCACUCAAUGCUAUCACAGGUAUUGGUUCCCCACAAUCUAUGAAGUUGGAGGUCAAUCUGAAUGGACAGAAACUACUGGUUCUGAUGGACUCUGGGAGUACUCACAGUUUCGUUAACUCUGAGACGGCAACACAGCUAAAAGACAAGACAGACCAGAGGGAUAAGUUGCGGGUUACAGUGGCUAAUGGAGAACAAAUAAUUAGCCCAGGUACUUGUCGAAAUAUUCCUCUUACAUUGGGUCAGUACUCAUUCUCUAUUGAUCUACUCAUUCUUCCUUUGACUGGAUUUGAUAUCGUUCUGGGAGUAAAUUGGCUCAGGACUUUGGGACCAAUUUUAUGGGACUUUUCUCACAUGACUAUGGUGUUUUUUAAGCAACAGCAGCAGAUUCAAUUGCAGGGAAUUCAGCCCUCUUCAAUAAAAUUGUGCUCCAUCCAAUCUGAGCACACUUCAGAUGAUCGCUUGCUUGGAUUGCUGGCUGAAUACUCAAAUCUUUUUGCUGAGCCCACAACGCUGCCCUCAAGUCAUCAUUGUGACCAUCGCAUUGUAUUGGAACCACAUACAAAGCCAAUCGUGGUGCGCCCAUAUCGAUAUCCUCAUAUUCAAAAAGAGGAGAUCGAAAAGCAAUGUUCUAAUAUGUUACAGCAAGGGAUAAUCCGUCCAAGUAGAUCAUCGUUCUCUUCUCCGGUGAUUUUGGUUCCCAAGGUAGAUGGAUCAUAG